AUGAGUGUAAGUGCCACGGCCUUGCGGUUUGGCAUCCUUCCUAUCCAUAUUCACCCUUUCCGCCGCUUUACCCUCCGACCCCAUCUUUUCCGCUUUUCUCCUUUCCCUCUCCCUGCUUCUCACCCCUGUUUCCGUUCCCCCCUUCCCCCGGUUUUCCCUGUUACUGGCAUAUCCCGCGCAUUCCCCCUCUUCCCCGUCUUCCCACGUCCGAUCCUAUCCCGCGCACCCCUCCCGCUUUCCCGCCUCCAUCUCACGUCCUCUCAGAGCUGUCUGAAUCGGCAGCAGAAGGAGGCAGUGCAGCAAUGCAGCCGUCUGAAUCGGCAGCAGAAGGAGGCAGUGCAGCAAUUUGUGGCAAUCACAGGCACGGGCGACCGGGGGGCACUAGCGGCCCUGCGAGCGAGCGAGUGGAACAUGGAGCUGGCGUUCGACCUAUUCUACUCCUCCUCCACCUCGGGUCAGCAGCUGAGGGCCUUGGGGCGCUCUGCUGCUCCUAAAGUGGACCCUCGGCAGCUGGAGCAUCUGUUUCUCAGAUACAAAGACCCUCACUGUGAUUUAAUUCUCGUGGACGGCAUUUCAAAGCUGUGUGAGGACCUCGAGGUGGAUCCUCAAGACAUUGUCAUGCUGAUUCUAUCAUGGCACUUCAAGGCAGCGACCAUGUGUGAAUACUCCAAGGAGGAGUUCAUCCAAGGCAUGCAACGAGUGGGUGUCAGCAGCGCGGACGAGCUCAAGGCACGGUUGCCGGCACUGCGAUCAGAAAUCAACGACGACCAUAAAUUCAGGGAGAUUUACAACUUCUCCUUCGAUUGGGCAAAGGAGAAGGGUCAGAAGUCUCUGGCAUUCGACACGGCCAUAGGCAUGUGGCAGCUGCUCUUCACGGCGCGGCCAUGGCGAUUCGUCGAGCACUGGUGUGAAUACCUGCAGAUGAAACACAACAAGGCCAUUUCUCGAGACACAUGGCAGCAGCUAUUAGAAUUCACCAAGAUCACGGACCCAUCGCUCUCAUCGUACGAUGAGGAGGGUGCGUGGCCAUACCUCGUUGAUGAGUUUGUGUCACACCUGAGAGAGGAAGGCGUGGUGCCCAGCAAACCCGACGCCGCGUAG